AUGAGCGACGAUGGGAUGGAUGAUGAUGAGGACUAUGGAUUCGAGUAUGAGGAUGACAGCGGCUCGGAGCCCGAUGUCGACAUGGAGAAUCAGUAUUACACGGCGAAGGGUCUUCGUGCCGAUGGCAAAUUGGAUGAAGCGAUUCAAGCGUUCGAAAUGGUUCUGAAACUUGAAGAAGAGAAGGGCGAAUGGGGAUUCAAAGCGCUCAAGCAGAUGAUAAAGAUCACGUUCGGACAGAAUAACCUUGAGAAGAUGCUCGAGUACUAUCGCCUUCUGCUCACUUAUAUCAAAUCGGCGGUAACGAAAAACUAUUCGGAGAAGUCGAUCAACGCGAUUCUUGAUUACAUCUCGACGUCGAAACAGAUGGAUCUCCUUCAGCACUUCUAUGAGACGACGCUCGAAGCAUUGAAGGACGCAAAAAACGAGCGACUGUGGUUCAAGACGAACACGAAACUCGGCAAGUUGUUCUUCGAUUUGCGCGAUUUCGGCCGACUGGAGAAGAUUGUGAAGCAGCUGAAGAGGUCGUGCAAAGACGAGACCGGCGAGGAGGAUCAACGCAAAGGCACGCAGUUACUCGAGAUAUACGCGCUCGAGAUUCAAAUGUACACCGAGCAAAAGAACAACAAAGCGCUGAAAUCGGUGUACGAGCUCGCCAAACAGGCGAUUCAGACGAAGUCGGCGAUUCCGCAUCCGUUGAUUCUUGGCGUGAUUCGAGAAUGCGGCGGAAAGAUGCAUUUGAGAGAAGGACGAUUCGCCGAUGCUCACACGGACUUUUUUGAAGCUUUCAAGAAUUAUGAUGAAUCGGGAUCGCCUAGAAGAACGACGUGUUUGAAGUAUCUCGUGCUUGCGAACAUGCUCAUCAAAUCGGAUAUCAAUCCGUUUGAUAGUCAGGAAGCGAAGCCAUUCAAGAAUGAGCCCGAAAUUGUGGCGAUGACGAAAAUGGUUCAAGCUUACCAGGAUAAUAAUAUUGCGGCUUUUGAGAAAAUACUCGCGCAACAUCACGAUAGCAUAAUGGCGGAUCCUUUUAUUCGAGAGCACACUGAGGAGUUGAUGAACAAUAUUAGGACGCAAGUUCUUCAUCGACUCAUUCGCCCGUAUACGAGUGUUCGGCUCUCGUGGCUCGGCAAACAGCUUAAAGUGUCGCAGGAGGAGGUGGUGAAGCUUCUUGUUGAGACCAUUCUUGAUGACGGUCUCGAUGCGAAGAUCAAUGAAGAGACCGGAAUGCUGGAAAUGUCUCGAGAUAAGAAGAAUGUGGUGCGAUCGAGCGGUCUAAUACCUGGAAUGGCGACAUCGGCAAACGCCGGACCAUCGACGUCGGACGCGAAGGGACCAUCGACUUCAACGGCGACGGUGGCUUCGACAGUGAAUACUGCUGAUUCGGCGUCUCUUAUGGCUUCGACGCAGACGAACGCUCAAAAAGAAUUGUCGCAUGAGGCACUUGUCGCAUGGGCGGAAAAGAUUGAUAAGAUUCAGAUGAUGAUUGCCACGAAAUUUAAGUGA